CCACAGGCAACUCCAAUAAGUGGAUAUUUGUUUUUUCAUGGGGCACACAAUGUGCAGAAAACUAGCAGUGCUGCCAAAUGCUUGCCUGGAAAGGGCUAAAGAAUUAAAAGCAUGUGUAGGCAGCUUCCUGCAGAAGCAGGACUGGAGAUGGCUGUGCUGUGCUUACAAACUGAGGAAGCCAAGAUACAGACUCACAUUGGAGGAAUGUCUAAGGUGGAAAGAAUCUUUUGAAAAGCUACUGUCUAGCCAAUAUGGACUAUAUGCUUUUAGAGCUUUUCUAAUGUCUGAAUUCAGUGAGGAGAACAUUGCCUUUUACCUGGCCUGCGAGGACUACAGAAACACAAAGUGCAUAGCCAAGCUUUCAGCCAAAGCCCAGAGGAUUUACAAUGAGUUUAUUGGAAGAGAAGCACCAAGAGAGGUUAACAUCGACCCAUGAGACACGAGACAUACCCAGAUCAAUGUGAAAAGCCCCACACCAAAAUGUUUUGAUUUAGCCCAGUAUCGGAUCUAUAUCCUCAUGGAGAAAGACUGCUAUCCUCGAUUCCUCCGUUCCACCACAUACCGUGAUUUGCUUAGCCAGCUGACCAAAAUGAGCUCCAAAGCAGGAAAAUAAAAGGAGCUCACCUACUGGUAUUGGAAAAUAACCAUAAAGGGCAAGAAAUGAAGUUACCAUUGGGGUAUCUCUGUUGAAGAAAAGGCCCAGGUGCUGAAUGGAAGGAAAUUGGCACCCAUACAACUGCUAACCCAUGAGGGCAGGCAGAUAAUAUUAGAUAAAGACCCAACAGUAGCAGUGGGGAGUGGGAGAAGACUACUGUGUCCUUUUGAUGGAAUCAAUAGAUAGAGUAGUGUGAACUAUGAAGAGGACUGUAUGACACACUGGCACCAACAAAGAUAUGCUCCUGGGAAAAUUCCAUAAUUUUAAUAUACAAACAAGAUAUUUAAACAUUUUGUACAAGUCCGGGAAUUUUGAUAGAGAAAUCUAAAAAUUGAAUGGGUAUUUAUUUAUUGAUUUAUUUAUUUAUAUAU